UGUUGUGCCAACAUAAACAGAAACUAAGCUACUAGUGAAGUUUGAACUUCUGCCUCUGGAGUGAAAUAACCGCUUAAGAAAGUGCUUCAUUAUUUCUAUCGCUGGAUUGAGGAUUUCUUUGUCUAUUCAGCCUUUGGCUGUGCUUUUUCCUUUUCGCUGCUGGCUGGUUUCACGGCUCUGCAGAACUGAAUGAGGUGAAGCCCCCUGUCAUUGCUGUUUCAGAAGAACUGCUGCUGUCAGGAUGGGCCAGCAGCUCUCAGGUCAGGCGACCCGUCUACCUGAGAAGCUGGUGAAACAUGCUGGACUGAUGCGCGACAGCGGCUACUUGACAUACGAGGAGUUUCUGGCAAGGGUGGCUGAACUAAAUGACGUUACGGCCAAACUCGCUGCUGGGCAGCAGAAGCACCUGCUGUUUGAGGUGCAGCCAGGAUCCGAUGCCACAGCCCUGUGGAAAGUGGCUGUCAGGGUCCUCUGUACCAAGAUCAACAAGGAGAACGGUAUUGUGGAAGCAUCACGCAUCAUGAACCUUUACCAGUUCAUCCAGCUGUACCGGGAUAUCACCAGUCAGGCUGCUGAGGUGUUGUCUACAGAGGGCGCCACUGAGGGUCCGUCUGCCCAGCUCCCCUCCACAGAGUCCUGUCAGGCCAGCAUGUGGAUGGGCAGAGUGAAACAGCUGACGGAUGAAGAGGAGUGUUGUAUCUGCAUGGAUGGAAAGGCUGACCUUAUUCUGCCCUGUGCACACAGCUUCUGUCAGAAGUGCAUUGAUAAAUGGAGCGGGCAGAGCCGAAACUGCCCGAUCUGUCGCCUGCAAGUCACCGCUGCCAAUGAAUCAUGGGUAAUGCCUGAUUUCCCCACAGAGGACGACAUAGCUGGCUACAUCCUCAACUUGGCUGACGAGGCCGGGCACCCACACAGGCCUUAACAAACAGCACACAGAGCCAACUGAAUAACAAGGGAAGCUGAGCUUUACCAAGUCAACUUUACAUGUUGUAACACACAAAAUCACUUUCACUGAGGAGGAGAAUGUUUUUGUUAUUACUCAAAAAGACAACCAGGAAGAGGAACCGAGUCACCGAGUCAGGUUUCUAGUUUCUUAAGCUCUUAGUGACUGAAUCAGUGGCCUGUUGCACCAACUGUGCACAAGUUCUGUUUUAAAAUCUGGUGUAAAGUCCAAAAAGACACCCUAAAAAACCACAAAAUACUUUUCCUCCUCACAUUUUCUGAAUUUACUUAUACUCUAGGGUAGGGAUGGGACCGAUCUGAUCCAAUAUCGGUAUCGGGUCUGAUAUGGACGUAAUUAAUAGAUCGGAUAUCUGACUGAUGGCGCCAAUCCAAGUGACCGUUCCAAAUCUAUCCUACAGUUUGUGGAAGACCAUGAACGCACCGCAGUCUAACACGAGACAGUCUGUGUGUAACUGAGCUAGUAUUAGUUAGGAUGUUCUUAGCUGUAUAAUUAUCUAGUCAAUUAAAUGUAAAUCUAUAUUUAGAAUAGUAAAAACUUGAGAGAUGAGAGAACACAAAGAUGAGUGGGUAUGACGUUAGCCUGAUAACGGGCACCCACUUUUCGUUCUUUGCAGAUUAUUAUUGUGCUUUGAUAUUUGGCCUCUUUUCACUUAGGGUGAGUAGUCAUACGUGAGCUUAACCCUUGACAGCCCACAUUCUACUUUAUUUCCAUUUACUACUUUGGAAAACUAUUGCACCGUGGUCUUCCUGCUACACGCCAACAGGUUAGCGUCGAGGUUCUCAUUGUUUAUAUCUGGUAAAGGGUCAGAGAAGAAGGCUGCAGCCAUUAACUGAAACUACAGCAGUCUCUAGUGGCGGGAGGUCGUUAAAGACAGUAUAGACAGGGAUUUAUAACUUAAACUCAGUUGUUGUUUUUUAUACAAUGUUGAUAUUUAUUUUUUAGUAGUAGUUCAAAUACAUUUGUUUGGAAUACAUUUCAAUUUAAUUCAUUUUUGUAUUUUUUUUUGCUUUUUAAUAAGAGGAGCUGGGUGGUUUACUACAGCCUCAUGUAACCUCACACAUUAUACCAACAACAAUAAUAAUAAUUGUUAAAAAAUAUAUAUAUCAGAAUCAGUGUCAGUAUCAGCACAUAUUUAUCGGAAUCAGAUCGGAACUGAAAAAAAGUGGAUUGGUGCAUCCCUACUCUAGGGCAGUGGUUCCCAACCUAUUUUUCCCCAGAGGCCCCUCGACUUGUGUCUAAGAAUAGCUGAGUGCCUCCAAGGCCUACAUGAAUGAGAAAGUGAUAGUUUGCUGUCAAAAAUCAACACCAAUUUUAUAGAUAAUAGAUAGAUAAUAGAUCUACAUGCUGUAUCUUAUCAUACCAAAAGAUACAUGUAAAAACUAUUUAAGUAAAAUUUUCCCAUGAUUGUAGUUAUUAUUUGCCAAUCUAAUCUUGGCAACCCCCCCUCCAGGUGGUUCGGGACCCCAGGUCCGAAAUCAAUGAGAUGAGGAGCUGUAUGGGGCCUGAUAUGGCCCUCAGGCCACCAGUUGAUGACCUGAACAAAGAGGUUGUGUAUGAUUUAAGUUUUAAUUUCAAGGUGCAGUGUGGUAUGAUUACCCUAGUAGCAUUUAUUUAAGCAAACUUGGAAAAAUGGAACAUAAUAUUUCUAAGUAGGCCUCUCUAAAUUUGUGUUUAAUCACCUAUAAAUUUGUUUUAUCCUUAUUAACUUAGAACAAGGUUUUUAUUCAUACAUGGGGAGGGCCCCCUCCAUGUACUCCGCCAUCUUUCAUGUUUCUACAGCAUCACAGAGGGGACCAAAUAAUUUUAAUUAUAUAUAUUCAGGUGAUUAAAAAAUUAUCUAGAUAGGCAUUCUUGUAAAUAUUCUUCCAUAUUCGCCAUGUUUAUUCUGCCCAGUGCUACUAGGCUAAAUAUUAUGCACUGUACCUUUAAGCCUACAUGUAACUAUCUCAGCUGGUGUAACACCUAAUGUUGAGAGAGAGAAAACUCCUGCAUAAGUUACAACUCUCACUCAAAUUAGUUCAUGAACUUGUGCAUAGCUGGUGCAGUUGUCUCACUUUUAAGUUCUAAAUAAAUUCCAGGCUUCUCUUUCUAACCCGAGCACCAUAGAUGUGGGACUUAAUGGGCUGUGUGUGGACUGAAGGAAAAAUUCAGUAUUUUUAAUGUGGUCAGAUAAGUAAUAACCCGUUAAUUCAACGCACAAUACCGCCAAAAGUCCAGGUCUUUCAGGAAUCUUUGGGUUAAUCUAACCAUCAUGGGAGUAGAAGACUGUGGUGGCACUUUAUCGUAGGAAUGAUCCAUGGUGACGUUUCCUUUCACGGUGAUAUGAAAGGGAAAUAAGCUCAGGCAAACUGGCUGAAUUAAGGUCAGCAGGCAGUUGGCUUAGCUUAUCAUGGAGACUACAAGAAGUACUUGUAGUUGUAGGUGACAAAAUCAUCCUGACAGCACCUAUGAACCUCACUUAUUUCAUUUGUUUACUGUAAAAGAAUCAAAAUGUAGAUACAAAUGUAAAAAACUUCAAAGUUUGGACUUACAUUCAUAAUUUAUGUCCAUCCUCUCAUAACUGACAUCAUUUAAUUUUGAUCGAUUUUAAAUUAGAUAGGUCUCUUGUUAUUUUAAUCUGGGGCUGUGUUUUUGUGUCUGUUUUUGGUGUGUCUUCCUGUGGUUGCAGAAUGUAUCUCGUUGCUGUAAUAUUUUAAUUUUGGUGAGAAUUGCAGUCAACUAAAUGAAUUACUAAUUAACUUACUAGCCUCAGCGUUUUUUGAAGUGCUGAUAGAAAUAUUGUGUUUAGAAGGGGCAAGGCUAUCUGUUUCCCCUGUUUCCAGUCUUCCUGCUAAGCUAAGCUAAGCUAACGCCCUGCACACUUUAGCCAUGCAACCCCUAAAGAAUACGUUUCUGGUUUGAACCAAAUUUACUUUCCACAAGUAAAGCUGUUUUGUCAUUUGUGCAAUCUAACCCUGCAUGUUGCUAUCCUAAAUGACACGCCUUAUCAGCUGUGUCAUGUGAAUAUGAGAUAAAAUGGCGUUCUGAUCCCCUUCAGAACCCUACGUAGUGUUUGAUAAUCUUUCAAAUAUACAAGACUAAAUAGUUUUAUAUGAUUUUAUUGACUUGGCUUGUUGUGGCGUCUCCUUCACUGUUGGAAAUAACCACUAUUUGUCAACUACACUGUUUUCAUAUUUUUUUAUUUUGAUGUCUAUUUUUAAUUUUCCAGACCUUUAAUGUUCUCAUUGCUGUAGAAGUACUGUAGUUGACUUCCACAACAUUUUUGCUUUGCUUUGUCAUGCCUAUAAUGAAGAUAAAGAAAGAUGGGCAUCUUUCAUUUACAGAUGGACUGUUGAAGUUAAAACCACAAAAAGUUUUAUUUGAAGUUUACUCAUUUUAAGUAUUUCAUCAAUCACACUCAUCACAGGCAGCACCUUGUUCCUUUAAAAGGACAUUGUUGUUGUGAUGAUUUCAUAGAUUAUUAAAUAUUUAUUUGGGUGAUAAAAAAGUCUCUAUUACUGAAAUGCAGUGCAUUCGUUUAAGUUGCUUUGGUAAAAGAUUCUUAUGUAGCGUAUGAUGUGACAGUCAGAGGGUUGAUCUAUUUUAUAUUUGGUCACUUCUUAUGUAACAUUUUCGCUUUAUAAAUAUUCAAGACUUCAGCUAUGUCAGCCUUGUCAUUUCUUUUAUAUUUAAUUUCUUUUCAUUUAAAAAUGUGAAACUUAAGUUGACCAAAAGAAAUAUUUUGGUUGUCAAUGCUGGCACGUCACAGUUUGAAACAUCAUAUCUGCUUUCUUGGCAUUUAUUUUCGACUUUGGACAAUAUGAUAUGAUACUGUAAUUAAUUUAACAAAAGUCUGGAUAAUGAAAAAACAACUGAAUUUAACAGGAAUCUGAUUACAGACAUGUUCUUUUCUCAUUGCUGCAAUUUGAGAGGUCCAUGCAAAGUUAAUUUAACAAUGUUAUAAAUAUUAACAUUAAAGCAAACAGAAAAAUGUUCAUUUUGGAUCAACAAGUUAGCGAUACCUGAUGAUAAACGGUCUGAUCCUUCAUAGACAUAUAUGCCAAAUGUAAAUGUAUUAAAAUCCUAUACCGUAUUGUCCAUAAUAAACUUUUUUGCACUUUA